AUGGGCGAGUGGACCAUACUGGAGAGGAUGCUUGAGGCAGCUGUGCAGCAACACUCUACCAUGAUCGGCAGGAUUCUGCUGACAGUGGUGGUGAUUUUCCGAAUUCUAAUAGUGGCGAUAGUCGGGGAAACAGUAUACGAGGAUGAGCAGGCCAUGUUCAUGUGCAACACUCUUCAGCCAGGCUGCAACCAGGCUUGUUACGAUAAAGCCUUCCCCAUCUCCCACAUUCGCUACUGGGUCUUUCAGAUCAUUCUGGUCUGCACGCCAAGCCUCUGCUUCAUCACAUAUUCGGUCCACCAGUCAUCCAAGCAAAAGGACAAACAGUUCUCCAAAUUCUGCCCUCUCCUGGACUGGGAUUUCACCAAAGCCCCCGCAGACCAUAAAGGGGAGAACAAGUCAAAAAGCAGCUUCAUCAAUGGGAUUCUAGGGCGCAACACGGAGGGUGCGAGGAAGGCGAUGGAAUUGGAACAUCUGGAGAACAAGAAGAUGUCUAACGCAUCGGGAUAUAUCAGUAGGAAAAGCAUGAAAGUUCGGAGGCAAGAAGGAAUAUCAAGAUUCUACAUCAUCCAAGUGGUUUUUCGGAACGCGUUGGAGAUCGGCUUCUUGGUGGGACAAUAUUUUCUCUACGGGUUUAAUGUUCCUGCAAUCUUUGAAUGUGAAAGGUAUCCUUGCGUCAAGGAGGUGGAGUGUUACGUGUCAAGGCCAACGGAGAAGACGGUGUUCCUGGUCUUCAUGUUUGCCGUCAGUGGCAUUUGCGUGGUUCUGAACCUGGCCGAGCUCAACCAUCUGGGCUGGAGGAAGAUCAAGGCCGCCAUCAAAGGUGUGCAAGCCAAGAGAAAAUCAACCGUGGAGAUCGGGAAGAAGGACUCCCCUUUGUUCAAUGUCCACGGGAGGGCCCCAUCCAAUGAGUCGGCAUACGUCUGAGUAAUAUGUCCUCAACUGAUCUUGCUCUCAGCUCCAAACACAAUAAAUACUCUGUGCUAUGUUCAGUCUGUAACUGGUGCACUCAGUUUUGCAAAGUGGAAGUAUCUUAUUAAUGUGCUGGUAACUGUCUCGAUUAAGUCAUUCGGACCUUACCUGGAUCUGGAUCUGGAUGUAGUACGCUGAAAAUCUCUAGGUAGAGCAUCACUCAGC